AAAAAUUGCACAAACUAAACUUAAAAAUUGUAAUUGAUUUUGAAAUAACUUUUUUUUAAAAGUCAUUCUGGUACUAUAUUAUAAAGCUCCAAUCAAGCUCUUUUUCCUUGUUUGUCUUCCGUGCCAGCAACAAACAAGUAGCAGUUUGUGGUUUGGAUUAUGAAGCUUCUGCGUCUUCCUCCUCUCGCUUCUCUCUUGAUCUUCUUCUUCGUUUUCCCCAUUUCACACUCAAUACCAUUCAUUGUUCUUCACGGAAUUUCUGAUGAGUGCUCUAGUCAUGGAGUCAAAUCAUUCACGGAGAAAUUGAUCAGUUACUCUGGUGUUCAGGGAUUUUGCGUGGAAGUAGGCAAUGGAUCAUGGGAUUCAUGGUUUAUACCUUUGCAAGAGCAGACAGAUAUUGUUUGCCAGAAGGUGAAGGAAAUGAAAGAAUUGAAAGGAGGAUACAACAUUGUGGGACUCUCCCAGGGAAAUUUGAUCGGUCGAGGUGUGGUCGAGUUUUGUGAAGGAGGACCUCCCGUUAAGAACUUUAUCUCUUUAGCAGGCCCUCAUGCUGGUACUGCUUCAGUUCCCCUGUGUGGUACAGGUGUCUUUUGUGUCAUUGCAGACAAUCUCAUCAAGGGAGAGGUUUAUAGUAGCUAUAUUCAAGAACACUUGGCUCCUAGUGGAUAUCUUAAAUUACCAAAUGCUUUACCCAAAUACUUGGAGAACUGUAGGUACCUCCCUAAGCUUAAUAAUGAAAAACCUGGUCAGAGGAAUUCCACUUACAAGGAAAGAUUUAGUAGCUUAAAGAAUUUGGUACUUAUCAUGUUUGAGCAAGAUACAGUUUUAAUACCUCGAGAAACAUCCUGGUUUGGUUAUUAUCCAGAUGGCUCCUUCAAGCCAACAUUACCACCGCAAAAGACAAAACUCUACACUGAAGAUUGGAUUGGAUUGAGAACUUUAGACAAUGCUGGCCGCGUCCAUUUCAUUAGUGUUCAGGGAAAACAUCUGGGAAUAUCAGAUGCAGAUAUGAAGAAACAUGUAGUGCCAUAUUUGAACGAAACAUCAAGAGAAGAUAGAGCUACUGAGGCUGGCUUUCGAAGGAUGCGUGAAGUUAACCGAAGAUUUAUUCAAUUUAACAGGAUGGUGUAAUAUCAUACAGUGGAAGAAGAAUCAUCAAGCUCCAGCCACAACAUUACUACUAUGGAUUGAUUAUUGUCAUUUAGGUAGUGUAUACCACGCAAAUUGAGAUUAUUAACUUUUUUUCCUUCAAAUUUAUUGAAUAACUGAUAUAUAUAAUAUCUAUAUAGAUUUAAUAUAUCGAUUAUUUAAUGAAUAUGAAAAGAAAAUCUUUAUUAAGAA